CAACUUAAAAGUUAAAUUCUAGCAGCUCUAUUUUUCCGACAGCGUUGUGCCACGUCUCGUUGUUUAUUUAUCUAUAUUUAUGGCCACAUUUCAUUUUGUUUAGAUUUAUAAUAACUAAAGUAGUGUAAAAAUAUGCUGACAAUGCAUAUUUUUGAGCGUUUUUGUGUUGCGUCAUGUCUUUUAGUUGUAGCAAACUGCUUAAUGUUUCGAUUACCCGCAAACAGCAGACGGUGUUUAAAAGAAGAAGUUCAUAAAGGUGUUCUAGUCAGCGGUGAAUAUGAUUUGAGCGAUGCACCGGGCCAAAAGACUGACUUAAUGUUUACUGAUACAAAAGGACACAUAUUGGUAUCAAGAGAAAAUAUUGAUAAAGGAAAGUUUGCUUUUGUUACAGAUGACUAUGAUGUUUUUGAAGCUUGUUUCAUCUCAAAAUCACCUGCUGGUCAAAGAGGACAAGACAGGGAUGUAGUUCUCACUUUGAAACAUGGUGUUGAAGCUAAAAGUUAUGACAGUAUAGCUGAAGUUGGUAAGUUAAAGCCAUUGGAAGUUGAGCUGCAGAAACUUGAAGAUCUUUCUGAAUCAAUUGUGAAAGAUUUUGCUUAUAUGCGUCAGAGGGAAUCUGAAAUGCGUGAUACAAAUGAGUCUACAAAUUCUAGGGUACUCUACUUCAGCAUAUUUUCCAUGUGUUGUCUACUGGGUUUAGCUACUUGGCAAGUCUUGUAUUUAAGAAGGUUUUUCAAAGCAAAGAAACUUAUUGAAUGAAGUGAUUUCUAUCAUAGAACUUUUGUGUGGAGUUGGUCAUUUUUCAAAACAGCUAGAAUUGCUUUAGCCUUUUUUAAACACUUAUGGCACAAAACUAUUCAAUAUUUUUACAAAAUGAAUAUCAGGCUUGUAUAUGGUUUUAAAUUCAUGUUCUGUAAAGCUUAACUGAAGAUACUUAUUGAUAACUCAUUGUAUGUAUGUAUUUGAUUUUUUUUUUUUUAACUUUUUUUUUUGUUUAUUUUCUUUUUUUUCUUACCAUUAAAAAAGUAUUCUGGAAUAAAGUGAGAUUUUUAUUAUCAUUUUUCAAAUUAUUGGAGAAAAAGGACUUUUUGAUCAUGUAAAACUGUUUUCGGUAGUAUGUUUGCAUUAUGGCUGCACUACCCCCAUCAUUCUAACAUUUUGUCCAAAACCAUCAAUAGUAAGUUUUGACAACUACUUUGAAACUCAUUUCAUGUAUCAUUUGCUACAUAUCUCAAAUGUUGCAAAAGUAUUUGAAUAAAGUUACUUUUAUUGUAUC